AAAAUUUGACAUUGACAGGCGAAAAAUUCUUUCCUUCGUCAAGUCAAUCAAAAUAAAUUCGAACUUAGUGAAAAAAAUACUGUAAAGAUGUCCUUAGCCAAAAUAUUCUCCGUAUCGUCGCGAGUGCGAGCAUCCGGCGCUUGCGGAAUGCUGUCCCGCCAAGCGAACUACAGUUCUAAACCCGAUACUGAACAAGUGUACCCUACAGCUGACGCAGGGUACAAGUAUGUGAACCUCGAUGACCCUAGGAUGACCAUGAAGGCACUGUCGGACCGGGCCGCCCAGACCAUGUUCUGGACUGAGCUGGCCAGAGGGUUUGCUGUUACACUCUCACACAUUUUUAAGGAGCCUGCCACAAUCAACUACCCCUUCGAGAAGGGGCCCCUGUCCCCCCGCUUCCGCGGUGAGCAUGCCCUGAGGCGCUACCCGUCCGGGGAGGAGCGGUGCAUCGCCUGCAAGCUGUGUGAAGCUAUCUGCCCUGCCCAGGCUAUCACUAUUGAGGCUGAGGAGCGUAAGGAUGGCUCGAGAAGGACCACGCGUUACGACAUCGACAUGACCAAGUGCAUCUACUGUGGAUUCUGCCAGGAGGCGUGUCCUGUGGACGCGAUCGUGGAGGGUCCCAACUUCGAGUUCUCGACCGAAACCCACGAGGAGCUUCUCUACAACAAGGAGAAACUCCUCUCCAACGGAGACAAGUGGGAGAGCGAGAUAGCAACUAACAUCAAGGCCGAUCAUUUGUACCGCUAGAUGAGAGAGAAAGAGAUGUGAGUUGUAAUACAACAUGAGGUAUUUUUGGUCUUCUUCUUCGACAUCUAGUAUUUUUAACAGCGCAGUUAUAGUUGUUAACUUUUACUUUAAACUGUGUAAUUUGUGUAUACAUACAAUAAAGUGUUUAAAUAAAUAAAUAUAGUGAUCUACUUAUAAUAAGCUAUAUAAUACGUAAUGAAAUUUCAAAUAUUCUUAGAUGUUUAAGCAAAAAUGUCUUGUGUUUUAUUGCAACUUUUGUAGUGUAAAUAAAUAAAAUGGAUAACUUGUUGACUUUUAAAUUGUUAUUGGGAUAAAAUUAACUACCUAUGUCAAGAACAAUGUUAAAAGUUAAGUAGGAAUAAUUUAAAUUAUUCUUUUGUGAUAAAUAAAAAUCUAUUAUAUCUCA